AAAAAUCUAGAGUGGAGGGAUAAGGCAGAAGGAAAGGAAGGAUGAUGGCACUGUCAGUGAGCAGUGUGGUGAAGAGUCUUUACUUUUCCGGCAACAAUGAUAACCGCUACAGCCACAGCGCCAGUCACAACCACUCCCUCAAACACAACAAAUCACAUUUAUUUCCAGUUUCGGCCUCUUUAAACCCAUCGCCGUACAUUCCCAAAUCCAAACCCCAACAGCAGCAACAGCUCUACCAGCCCUUCCGACCGCCACCUUCACCACUCCCCUCGCAGUUCGCCACUCUUGACACUGCCGGCCGCAUAGAAGUCCUCGCCAACCGCCUCGGCACAUGGCACGAGUACGCCCCCCUUAUCUCCUCCCUCAUCCACGAUGGCUUUACCCCUCCUUCAAUUGAAGAGCUUACCGGCAUAUCCGGAGUCGAGCAGAAUCGUCUCGUCGUUGCCGCUCAGGUCUGGGAGUCACUCCAGCAGUCAAAUUCAGACCCCGACGUCCUCUCCGCCUUCGAUACCAGCGGCGCUGAGAUUCUAUACGAGAUCCGCCUCCUCAGCGCCUCCCAACGCUCCGCCGCCGCCCGUUACAUAGUCGAUAAUAAGUUCGACGGAAAGGGCGCUCAGAAUCUGGCGCGUGCUAUGAAAGAUUUUCCUGGCAGAAAAGGGGAAAAGGGGUGGGAGAGUUUCGAUUACACUCUCUCCGGAGAUUGUCUCUCUUUCAUGUAUUACCGACAGAGUAGGGAGCACAAGAACCCUUCUGAUCAAAGAACUUCUGCCUUGGAACAGGCGCUGAAGGUUGCCGUCACAGAGAAGGCAAAAAAUACGGUUCUCGAGGAGUUGAAGGGGAAAGGAGACGGAAAUGAAGAGGAAGAGGACGAGGUCGGAAGAGGUGUUCUUGUGCCUGUGGUGAGGUUGAGGUACGGCGAGGUGGCGGAGUCUACCUCGGUUAUUGUAUUGCCGGUAUGCAAGGCAGAGAAGGGAGAAAAGGAAGUUAUGGAGGCACCAUUUGAGUGUAAGAGUGAGGGUGAGUUUGGGGUUGUGAGAGCGGAGAAGGCGUGGAGGAGGUGGGUGGUUUUGCCCCGGUGGGAGCCGGUGGCUACAGUGGGGAGAGGAGGAGUUGUGAUUUCAUUUUUGGAUGCGAGAAUUUUGCCAUUGAAGGUGAAUAAGUAUUAUAAGGAGGAGCCAAUUUUGGUAGUGGCUGAUAGAGAGAAUACCGAGGUGAUUGCGGAUGAUGGGUUCUAUUUGGCUAAGGUUAAUGGUCACGAGGGUUUAAUGGUUCAUAGGGGUUUGGCACUGAAGGAGGAUGGCGUCAAGGAAAGUUUGGGAAUGGUUGUAUUGGUUAUUAGACCCCCUAAGGAUGACAUUGAUGAUCAACUCAGUGAUGAAGACUGGGACUGAUCCAUUCAUCAUGGUUUCAAAUUUAAGAUUCUGUUGUUGUAAUUUUAUUCUAUUUGUAUGCACUUUUUAGAUAGAUUUAGCUGCAUUCUUUUGUUUUCUGAUGUGUUUUUACCAUAUAUUUACAAGACAAAUAAUAAAUCAGGAUCAAUAUUAAAAAUUUAUUAAAA